AUGGCGUAUCCCUCGAUCCUUGGGAAAGAGCCAUUCAAGAACUCGAAACCACCAUGCACUGGCCCCACGAUGGGCGCCAACUAUUGUGGUUUUGUCACGGCAGAUGUCCUAGUCUGCCACCUGGAAGACCCGGCCCAGUAUGGCGGGUCAUAUCAUGGGGUCAUAUCCCCAACAGUGGUGAGGCACCUGAUCGGCGCGGGGCACGAGGUGCACGUGGUCACCGCCGCGCCGGAGUUCGUCUUCACCACCGAGAUCGACUCCCCCAGCCUCCACAUCCGCAGGGUCCUGCUCGACUGCGGCGCCGUGCAGGCCGACGCGCUCACCGUCGACCGACUCGCAUCCCUCGAGAAGUACCAUCAGACGGCCGUGGUGCCCCGCGAGGCGAUACUCAGGACUGAAGUGGAGUGGCUCCACUCAAUCAAGGCCGACUUAGUGGUUUCGGAUGUUGUCCCGGUGGCGUGCAGGGCGGCUGCAGAUGCUGGCAUUCGCUCCGUGUGUGUCACGAAUUUCAGUUGGGACUUCAUUUAUGCAGAGUACGUUGUAGCAGCUGGAAAUCAUCAUCGCUCAAUUGUGUGGCAGAUAGCAGAGGAUUACUCACAUUGUGAGUUCUUACUACGACUCCCUGGAUACUGCCCUAUGCCUGCUUUCCGUGACGUUAUUGAUGUGCCUCUUGUGGUGAGAAGAUUACACAAAUCUCGAUCCGAGGUGAGAAAGGAACUAGGGAUUGCAGAGGAUGUUAAGGUGGUCAUUUUCAACUUUGGAGGACAGGUAUGUGGUGCAUCUGAUACUCAAGAGCUUCCUCCAAAUUAUGUCAAGCUCGCAAAGGAUGCGUACACACCUGAUUUAAUGGCAGCAUCUGACUGCAUGCUUGGGAAAAUUGGAUAUGGUACCGUGAGUGAGGCUUUGGCGUACAAGCUGCCAUUUGUAUUUGUUCGUAGGGAUUAUUUCAAUGAAGAGCCUUUUCUGCGGAAUAUGCUUGAGCAUUAUCAAUGUGGCAUUGAGAUGAUACGGAGGGAUUUACUUACUGGACAUUGGAAACCUUAUCUGCUACGCGCUUUAACACUUAAGCCCUGCUAUGAUCGUCCAAUAAAUGGUGGCGAGGUGGCUGCACAUAUCCUCCAGGAUACUGCUGUCGGGAAGAAGUAUAUUUCCGGCAAGUUGAGUGGGGCAAGACGAUUACGUGAUGCCAUAGUGCUAGGAUACCAACUACAGAGGGCUCCCGGGAGAGAUGUAGGAAUCCCUGAAUGGUAUUCUCUCUCCGAGAAAGAAAUCGGUGUUCGCCCAGCACCCGCGUCUCGUCGGAUUAAUGGAAGUGCAGAAUCAUCUUUUGAGGACUUCGAGAUUCUCCAUGGAGACAUGCAAGGAUUAACCGAUACUAUGGCUUUCCUGACAAGUUUAUCUGGGCUUGUUGGAAACGAUCCGAGGAUCCCUGAGAAGCAAUCCCGAGAAAGGACUGCUGCUUCUGUACUCUUUGACUUGGAGGAGGAUAUAUAUGUUGCAAGAGCACCUGGACGAUUGGAUGUCAUGGGUGGCAUUGCAGAUUAUUCAGGAAGUCUUGUACUACAGAUGCCCAUUCGAGAGGCCUGUCAUGUUGCUAUUCAGAGAAGCGAUCCUGUCAAGCAGAAGCUAUGGAAGCAUACUCAGGCUAGGCAGCUAGCAAAUGGAGCAGUGCCGAUUUUGCAAAUUGUAUCAUUUGGCUCUGAAUUGAGUAACCGGGCACCAACAUUCGAUAUGGACCUGUCUGAUUUUAUGGAUGGUGACAAACCAAUAUCGUAUGAAAAGGCCAAAGAAUAUUUCUCCCAGGAUCCAUCUCAAAAAUGGGCUGCCUAUGUUGCUGGAACAGUUCUUGUGUUGAUGACUGAACUAGGUGUUCAAUUCACAGACAGCAUGAGCAUUUUGGUUUCUUCUUCUGUUCCUGAAGGCAAAGGUGUCUCAUCUUCUGCAUCAGUGGAGGUUGCUACAAUGUCUGCUAUUGCCGCAGUCUAUGGUUUAAAUAUUGCUCCAAGGGAUCUUGCUAUACUCUGUCAAAAGGUUGAGAAUCACAUUGUUGGAGCUCCUUGUGGUGUAAUGGACCAAAUGACAUCUGCUUGCGGAGAAGCCAACAAACUUCUGGCUAUGGUUUGCCAGCCUGCUGAAGUGAAAGAAUUGGUCAGCAUUCCAACUCAUAUACGAUUUUGGGGUCUGGACUCUGGGAUACGACAUAGUGUUGGUGGGACUGAUUAUGGAUCUGUGAGGGUAGGCACAUAUAUGGGACGCAAGAUGAUUAAGUGUGCUGCAUCUGACCUAAUUUCUCAAUCCUUUCCGUCUGCUCCUACGCAAUCAUGCGACGCUUCUGAAGAAUAUGAAAAAUAUGGUGUGGAUCUUCUGAAAUCUGAAGCUUCACUGCAGUAUCUAUGCAACCUACCACCUCAUAGAUAUGAAGCUGCCUAUGCAAGAGAUAUUCCUGAGUUCAUUACUGGGGAUGAAUUUAAGGAGAAAUAUGGAGAUCACAACGAUGCAGUAACAGUUAUUGACCCAAAAAGAUCUUACAGUGUGAAGGCUCCUACUAGACAUCCCAUAUACGAGAACUUCCGUGUUGAGGCCUUCAAAGCAUUGUUAACAGCAGCCAAAACAGAUGAGCAACUUUCAGCCCUUGGAGAACUUAUGUAUCAGUGCCAUUACAGCUACAAUGCUUGCGGGCUUGGUUCUGAUGGGACUGAUAGGCUGGUGAAUCUAGUACAAGAAAUCCAGCACAGAAAGACCACCUCGCAACAUGAAGGCCCGAGUCUAUUUGGUGCAAAGAUCACUGGUGGAGGUUCUGGUGGUUCAGUUUGUGUUAUUGGGAAAAAUAGCCUGAAAAGUAGUGAAGAGAUUUUCGAGAUCCAGAAAAGAUACAAAGCAGCCACCGGUUACCUACCAAUUGUCUUCGAGGGUUCGUCUCCCGGCGCGGGCAAAUUCGGAGCAAGUGCCGCUGUUGAAUCUGUAAAGGAUGCUUCUGAUCAAAUCCAGUUUGUCACUAGGCAAAUUAGAUACGAACAUGUGAUUGGUCCUGGAACUUUGUAG